GUCGAGCAGUAACACGGCGCCGACACGUUUGAAUAUAUAUAUAUAAAGCAAAAUCUAAUCAAAUCGAAUUAUAGUUAAACCAAAAUCGGUAUAGAAUCUUAACGAAAUGAGCAGCAACAAUGUGAUCUGUACGAUCUGUGCGGAACGGUAUCGCAACUCGGACAAUAUACACGCCGGAAGCUGCGGGCAUGUGUUCCACGAGGAGUGCCUCUUUCGCUGGAGGGAGCAAUCAAGGACAUGUCCCAUUUGCCGCUCUGAGAAUGCCGCCUACUUCCAGCUUUAUCUGAGCUUUGACAGCAGCAGUCCCAGUAACAGUGCCAGCAGCAGCAGCAGCAGCAACCACAAUGACAGCAGCAGCAGCAGCAACAGCAACAACAGCAGCAACAGCAGCAGCAACAGCAGCAGCAGCAGCACAACCUCUAAAGACCUGAGCUCUGGUUUAAUGCGGGAGUACGAACUUCUGUUAUAUGAAAAGGACCUUUACCAGCAGGAGAUCAAGUAUUUGAAUCAUCGCAUAGGACAGCUAACCCUAAACAAUUCAGCUUGUAGGCUAUCAGAGUCGGACUCCGAUACAGAUUCCGAUUAAAAACUAUAUAGAUAAGACGAAUUUACUUUAGACACAGUUGAAUUCCAACUACAACUGAAAACUAGGCACAACAAAGAAGGCUAAAAAGGCAAACAUAAGAAGCGCACGAGCAACUAUAAAUAUAAUUUGUAAAACUUAAAUUUUUUUUAAAAUUAGUAAACGAUUACUCUGUUUUGGCGCUCUAUUAGAUAGUUAUCGCACUCCUUGGUUCAUGCUCGAUCGAUACAAAUAUCGAGUGCUCGAUCGAUACAAAUAUCGAGUGCAAGAUUUGUUAUCAAAUAU